AUGACUCGAUUGACCGCCGACAACAUCAACCAGCACGUGGUUGCGGCCAAGUACGCCGUCCGCGGUGAGCUGGCUGUCAAGUCCGAGGAGUACCGCGCCAAGAUCGCCGCGGGCGACGCCGCCGACCUGCCUUUCAACCAGGUCAUCUCGGCCAACAUCGGCAACCCCCAGCAGCUCGACCAGAAGCCCAUCACCUUCUUCCGCCAGGUCGCCAGUCUCCUCGAGAACCCCCAGCUCCUCGAGAAGGAGGAUGCCCUCGUCAACGCCCUCGGCUACAAGACCGAUGUCAUUGAGCGCGCCAAGUUCCUGCUCAGCAAGAUCGGCUCUGUCGGUGCCUACUCCGCCAGCACCGGUGUCCCUGCCAUCCGUGACAGCGUUGCCCAGUUCCUUGAGCGUCGCGAUGGCUUCCCCGCGGACCCCUCCAAGAUCUACCUUUCCGCCGGUGCCUCAUCCGGUGUGAACACUCUCCUCCACGUCAUCUGCGCUGCUCCCAACACCGGCAUCCUCAUCCCUAUCCCCCAGUACCCUCUCUACACUGCCACCCUCUCCCUCCUCAACGCCACCUGCGUCCCCUACCUCCUCGACGAGGCCAAGAACUGGGGCACCGAUCUCGAGACUAUUCGCGCCUCGUACGAGAAGGCCGAGGCCGACGGCGUUGACGUCCGAUGCAUCGUCAUUAUCAACCCCGGCAACCCCACCGGCGCCUCUCUCCCCGAAGAGGACAUCCGCGCCGUCCUUGACUUCGCCGCCCAGAAGAACCUUGUCGUCAUGGCCGAUGAGGUCUACCAGACCAACGUCUUCGUUGGCAAGUUCCACAGCUUCAAGGCCGUCCUCCGCCGCAUGCAGCAGGAGAACCCUGGCAAGUACGACGGCGUCGAGCUCGCCUCCCUCCACAGUGUUUCCAAGGGUAUGGUCGGCGAGUGCGGUCACCGCGGUGGCUACUUUGAGCUCUGCGGCUUUGACGCCGAGGUCGAGGCCAACAUCUACAAGUUUGUCUCUAUCAUGCUCUGCGCCCCAGUCAUUGGCCAGUGCAUCGUUGAGCUCAUGGUGAACCCCCCCAAGGAGGGCUCGCCUUCAUACGAGCUGUACCAGAGGGAGUACAACGGCAUCUUCGACGGUCUCCGCCAGCGCGCCACCGCCCUGCAUAAGGCUUUUGACCAGAUGGAGGGCGUCGAGUGCGGUGAGCCCCAGGGCUCCAUGUACCUCUUCCCUACCAUCACGCUGCCUGCCAAGGCCCACGAGGCCGCUGCCGCUGAGGGCCGCACCGCCGACGAGUUCUACUGCAUGCGCCUCCUCGAGGCCACCGGUAUCUGCGUCGUCGCUGGCUCCGGCUUCGGCCAGAAGGAGGGCACCCUGCACUUCCGUACCACCUUCCUCGCCCCCGGCACCGAGUGGGUUGGCAGCAUCGUCAAGUUCCACAAGGAGUUCCUCGAGAAGUACCAAUAA